AUGUCUGACCCCGUUGUUCUGCGUAGCAUCAAGAGAUUGGGAGAGGAUAACUAUGCUUUUGACUUGGAUGGAAAACGUAACAGCUUCAAGAAAUCAGAGAAUUGCUGUACAUAUGAAGAACCUUUUAUAGAGAAGAAAAGCGAAAAGUCAUCAGAAAAGAAAGAAAACAGUAUUCGUGUUGGCUUCUUUCAGCUGUUUCGAUUUUCUUCAUCUAUGGAAAUUUUAAUGAUGGCUGUUGGUAGUUUCUGUGCUAUUGUUCAUGGAGCAGCCCAGCCAGCUGUGUUGCUUGUGUUUGGUGCAAUGGCAGACACUUUUAUUGAAUAUGACAUUGAAAUGCAAGAGCUUAAAGACCCAGGCAAGACAUGUAUAAAUAACACCAUAGUGUGGAUUAAUGGUACUAUUCAUCAGAAUGAAAAGAACGCCACAGUAAGAUGUGGGCUGCUGGACAUUGAACAAGAAAUGACCAAGUUUGCAGGUUACUAUGCAGGAAUUGGUUGUGCCAUACUGGUGUUAGGAUACCUCCAAAUCUGCUUUUGGGUUAUGGCUGCAGCUCGUCAGAUACAGAAAAUCAGGAAAGCUUAUUUCAGGAAAGUAAUGCAAAUGGAUAUAGGCUGGUUUGACUGUACAUCUGUAGGAGAACUGAACACCCGAAUUUCUGAUGAUGUAAACAAAAUUAAUGAGGCUAUUGCUGACCAAGUAGCAAUCUUUAUCCAGCGCUUAACCACUUUUGUGUGUGGAUUCCUCCUGGGAUUUGUCAGUGGCUGGAAAUUGACCUUGGUUAUCAUUGCAGUGAGCCCUCUGCUUGGGGUUGGAGCGGCUAUCUAUGGCUUGGCUGUGGCAAAACUAACAGGCCGAGAAUUACAGGCUUAUGCAAAAGCUGGAGCUGUGGCUGAUGAAGUGCUCUCAUCCAUCAGAACAGUGGCUGCUUUUGGUGGGGAGAAGAAAGAAGUUGAAAGAUAUGAUAAGAAUCUGGUGUUUGCUCAGCACUGGGGAAUUCGGAAAGGAAUAAUAAUGGGGUUAUUCACUGGUUACAUGUGGCUUAUAAUAUUCCUGUGUUAUGCAUUAGCUUUUUGGUAUGGCUCUAAACUUGUCCUUGAAGAAGAAGAGUAUUCACCUGGCACUCUUCUGCAGGUUUUCUUUGGUGUUUUAGUAGGAGCUUUAAAUCUUGGCCAAGCAUCUUCCUGUCUGGAAGCCUUUGCCACUGGCCGUGGGGCUGCAGCAAAUAUUUUUGAGACAAUAGAUAAAAAACCCACCAUUGACUGCAUGUCAGAAGAUGGCUACAAGCUGGAUAAAGUACGAGGUGAAAUUGAAUUUCAUAAUGUAACGUUCCAUUAUCCCUCCAGACCAGACAUAAAGAUUUUGGAUAACCUUAAUAUGGUUAUUAAAGCAGGGGAGACAACAGCUUUUGUUGGAGCUAGUGGAGCUGGAAAAAGUACAACAAUACAGCUCAUCCAGCGUUUCUAUGACCCCACUGAUGGCAUGAUUACCCUGGAUGGCCAUGACAUUCGUUCCCUUAAUAUCCAGUGGCUGCGCUCACAGAUUGGUAUUGUUGAACAAGAGCCAGUGCUGUUUGCCACCACGAUUGCAGAGAACAUUCGCUAUGGUCGGGAUGAGGCUACCAUGGAAGACAUAAUCAAAGCAGCCAAACAGGCCAAUGCUUACAAUUUCAUCAUGGACUUGCCACAGCAAUUCGACACUCAUGUUGGAGAGGGUGGAAGCCAGAUGAGUGGAGGUCAAAAACAGAGGAUAGCUAUUGCUCGAGCUCUUGUGCGAAACCCAAAAAUCCUGCUACUGGAUAUGGCUACGUCAGCACUUGAUAAUGAAAGUGAAGCUACUGUCCAAGAAGCACUUCAUAAGGCUCGCCUUGGCCGCACAGCAAUCUCAAUAGCUCACCGCCUGUCAGCCAUCAAAGCUGCCGAUGUCAUCGUUGGGUUUGAGCAUGGGAGGGCUGUGGAGAGAGGAACUCAUGAGGAACUCUUGAAGAGGAAAGGGGUUUAUUUCAUGUUGGUGACCUUGCAAAGCAAAGGAGACACAGCACUUAACAAAGAAGAAACGGAAACAGAAAAUAAUGUGGUUGAGCCAAAUCUUGAGGAAGUCCAGUCAUUCAGCAGAGGAAGCUAUCAGGCCAGUUUACGAGCUUCACUUCGGCAGCGCUCCAGAUCUCAUCUCUCUAAUGUGGUCCCGGACCCUCCAUUAUCCAUUGCAAGAGAACACACAGAGUCUAUGUAUCUUAUGCCAUCUUAUGGAGAAGAAGAUGGACAAGCAAAAAAGGAAUCUGUUGUUGUGGAGGAAGAUGUCAAGCCUGUAUCAUUUACCAGAAUUUUGAAAUACAAUGCCUCUGAAUGGCCAUACAUGGUGCUUGGAUCUCUGGCAGCAGCUGUGAAUGGAGCAGUCAGUCCACUCUAUGCUUUGUUGUUCAGUCAAAUUCUUGGGACCUUCUCCAUUCUUGAAGAAGAAGAAAGAAGAAUCCAGAUCAAUGGUGUCUGCGUGCUGUUUGUCUUAAUUGGAAUUCUUUCAUUUUUCACACAGUUUCUACAGGGAUACACCUUUGCCAAGUCUGGUGAGCUGCUUACAAGACGGUUAAGGAAAAUCGGUUUCCAGGCUAUGCUAGGGCAAGACAUUGGUUGGUUUGAUGACCGGAAGAACAGCCCUGGUGCUUUGACUACAAGACUUGCAACAGAUGCCUCACAGGUCCAAGGGGCAACUGGAUCGCAGAUAGGAAUGAUUGUCAAUUCCUUUACCAGCAUUGGGGUGGCCAUGAUCAUUGCGUUCUACUUCAGCUGGAAACUGAGUUUAGUUAUCCUGUGUUUCCUGCCCUUUUUGGCCUUAUCUGGAGCCGUGCAGGCCAAAAUGCUGACAGGAUUCGCCUCUCAGGACAAGAAAGCCCUGGAAGUUGCUGGACGGAUUUCCAGUGAAGCCCUCUCUAACAUCAGGACUGUAGCUGGGAUAGUGAAAGAGAAAAUGUUUAUCAACAAUUUUGAGAAGAACCUGUAUAUGCCCUACAGAGCUGCAACCAAGAAAGCACAUGUUUACGGGCUCUGCUUUGGCUUUGCCCAGAGCAUAGUGUUCAUUGCCAACGCCGUCUCCUACAGAUACGGAGGGUUUCUAGUUGACACUGAAGGACUCCAUUACAGCUUCGUGUUCAGGGUGAUCUCUGCUAUUGUGACCAGCGGAACUGCUUUGGGAAGAGCUUCUUCCUAUACCCCAAACUAUGCCAAAGCCAAAACAUCUGCCGCACGCUUUUUUCAACUGGUCGAUCGGCUUCCUAAAAUCAGUGUUUACAGUGAAAAAGGGGAGAAAUGGGAUGAUUUCAAGGGAAGCAUUGAAUUUCUUAACUGUAAAUUCACAUACCCUUCUCGGCCUGAUAUUCAGGUCCUGAAAGGACUCUCUGUAGCUGUUAGGCCUGGACAGACUUUGGCAUUUGUUGGAAGUAGUGGCUGCGGUAAGAGCACCAGCGUCCAGCUUCUGGAGCGUUUCUACGACCCUGAGCAAGGAAGUGUGUUAAUAGAUGGACACGACACGAAGAAAAUAAAUGUACAGUUUCUUAGAUCAAAAAUUGGAAUAGUGUCCCAGGAGCCCGUGCUAUUCGACUGCAGCAUUGCUGAUAAUAUCAAAUACGGCAGUAACACCAAAGAGGCGAGGAUGGAGAAAGUCAUAGAAGCGGCCCAGAAGGCUCAGCUGCAUGAUUUUGUCAUGUCGCUGCCUGAUAAAUACAAAACUCAUGUUGGGGCUCAAGGAUCCCAGCUGUCUCGUGGGCAAAAACAACGCAUUGCUAUAGCGAGGGCCAUCAUACGAGAUCCGAAAAUUUUAUUACUGGAUGAAGCCACCUCUGCCUUAGACACAGAAAGUGAAAAGACUGUGCAGGCAGCGCUGGAUAAGGCCAGAGAGGGACGUACCUGCAUCGUCAUUGCCCACCGCUUGUCCACCAUCCAGAACGCUGACAUCAUCGCUGUGAUGUCGCAAGGACUCGUCAUCGAAAGGGGCACUCAUGAUGAACUGAUGGCCAUGGAAGGAGCUUAUUAUAAGCUUGUUACCACUGGAGCCCCAAUUAGCUGA